AUUAUCGUGAAUUUUCUGCCAGAUUUCCCAAAACCAUGUGGUAUCAUUCUCAACUUAAUCUUUUCUUCCCAGUGCUAUAAGUUAUAUGCUCUAUUUAAAAAAUCCACUGGCUUCGUUUCAGUUGACCAAACUUGCAACUGAAGUUAUGGGUAUUUCUUGUUUAAUCUUGGUGGCCUUGCUUGGCUUGGCAUUAGGCGAUGACAGUUGCCCAAAAGCGGCAGAAUUAUCACCAUGCACUUGCGACGGGGAAGGAGUCAACUGUAUGAAUGUUAAAUCUUUGGCAGAAUUAAAGAAAGCAUUUAGUGCCAAUUUCAAGUAUGGGGCAGCCAGAACUGUUUGGGUACAGGGAACACCCCUAACUUCUCUAACAGCGGAUGUGUUUGGAAAGAUCAAAAGUCGUACGUUUUACGUCGAAGUCAACCAGAUCGAGACAGUAGAUCUCAACGCUUUCAGAGCUUCGAAGGACUACUUAAGUCUCCUAAGUUUAUUUGGAAACAAAAUUGUUGAUUUUCCUUUCUCGGAUCUCAAAGACUUCACAGCGCUUUCGACGUUGAACAUGGGAAGAAAUUUGAUUCAUACCAUACCAGACAACGCUUUCCAGAGUCGUAGUUUGUGGGCAAUCGUAUUAGCCCAAAACCAAAUUAGAAACAUUGGAAAAAAUGCUUUCGCCAACUUGCCAAGUUUGGGAAGACUGGAAUUAUCCUACAACCAAAUCAAGACACUUGGUCCAUAUGCUUUGGCAAGUAAACAACACGGAAGUGGAUUACAGUUAAGUCUUUCUGCCAAUAAAAUAGAAGACAUAGACGACACAGCUUUUGACGGAGUAAAUCCAUAUGCUGUAUUUGUCUCUCAAAACCAGCUGAAAACUUUGAAAAAAUCAGUAUUUCAACCUUUAGUUACAAAAGCAGCCCAACAAGGAGGAUUUAUUGAAGUUUCUUAUAACCCCUUGACUUGCAAAGGAUGUGACUACACAUGGAUUACUCUUAAUAAAGAUGUUCUAGCCCAAAAGCUGAUUGGUUUUACCUGCAGAGAUGGAACUUCAAUUCACGACCUGACCAAAUCAAAAAUCGGGUGUAAUUAAAUGAAAAAAAAGAAGAAAAACAUUUUAAUAUGAUUUAAAGAGUUUAAUAAAUGUUUCAGCUUCCAA